AAGUACGUAUGAGCAUGGCACACCUUUCAGCAACCAAACAUUGAUGUGUACAGAAAAUGUGGCCUCUUGCGUUACGGCUCAUGUAAAGCCACGCAGACUCUGGCAGCAGUGUGAACACUACGGUACGGUACGCUGCUGAGAGGGCUGAAGCAGCCAGGGUUCUGCCACCAAGGAGUUAAACUGGGGGAGGAAAUGGCGUCCUGCCGCGGUCCGUUCAGACAGUACAUGAUCAGAGCUCCCACUGCGCGGACACGGAGAGACCUCGCCGGGAGCCUGAAUGAGACAGAGACACCGCCGCGGCGCUCAGCGUCACCCUGAGGACGAUUGACGCGAACGGCCAGAGUUCACCCCACCAGCGAGCGCGGGAAGGAACGCGCGCGCGCUCGGCCGGGCCACUGCGGGCUGCUGACGUCGAACUGAGUGCGUCGAAGCAGGUGGACACGCCGUCACCAACCAGGGCUCCACCAGCAAACGUUCCCGACUGAGCAUCGCGCCGGUGCUCCAUUUUUCUUGUAAAGUUUUACAUCUCUUAUUUCGCCUUAUUUGUGUGUGUUGUGCUGCGCUGCAGACGGAGAUGAGAUGUGACUUUUUAUGCCAACAAGUUGACCCGCCGCAGCACUGACUGAAGAGACUGGAAAAAAAAAAGAUACGCGGGCAAGUGAGAACACAGGGAGAAGAGCCCGGGACCGAGUGGACCUGGACGGUCGGAACUGGAUCGACAGCCGCUUCUUUCGCGCUGCGAACAGCCAGUGUCCCGCAGUAGUAGGCGAUGCGGACGAGUUGCUCUGCCCUCGUGCGCCUCACGUCCCGCGCCCGCCGGCUCUCCAUGAUACUUCUGCUCGAGAUGUCGGCGCUCAUCCGGGGAGUCAUGAUUUGUGACGCCGCCACGCUGCCCGCGAACGGCGCGUUCGGAGCUCCGCACGAGCAGCACGCGGGAGCGCGUGAGCCGGGGGACGCUGUGCUGCCGGAGGUGGGCGGACACGGCGCGGUCGGCAGAGACGAGUCCCGUCCGCGGAGCAGCGCUGCGGAGUCGCCUCGUCUUUCAUAUAGUACAGACCGGCGCUGGGGCAGGAGAGAGGAACCGUUGGAGACCAUCAGGUCCUUCAUCGUUGUAGACGGGCGAAGGAGAAGCCCCAGACAGGCACUACAGAAUGGCCACCCAGAUAAGUUACAUUGUGAACUGCAUAUUCGAGGCCAUACGUAUCUGCUGGACCUGGAAAAAAAUCGCGAUCUGCUGCCCAAGUCCCCCAGUGUCUUCUACUACCUCCCAAAUGGUGUGAGGGUUUCUGCAGAUGACAACUCAGUGGUGCACUGCUAUUACCAGGGUUUCGUGAGGGGCUUCCCUGACUCCAGAGUGGCUCUCAGCACCUGCACUGGGUUGCGAGGUGUGAUUGUGUUCAACUCCACAUGGAGCUUUGAGCUUCAGCCUAAGGAGGACAAGCAGGAAAAGGAAGAGAACACAGUGAAGGAGGAGGAUGAUGUGCACCUCUUGUACCCCACCUACCAGCUGGACACUCAGGCUGGAGAUUGUGGUGUUUCUUCUGAAGUGGUACCUCCUUUGUACUCACCGACCUCAAUGCACAGGAGCAAGAGGGAUAUUCUGUUAGAGACCAAGUACAUUGAAUUGGUGCUGGUAGUCGAUCACAAGGAGUAUCUGACUUAUCAGAACAACAGGACUGUAAUCUAUCGCAUGAUGGACGUGGCCAACCAAGUUGAUUGGUUUUAUAGACCACUUAAUGUGCGUGUAGCUCUGGUGGGUCUGGAGAUCUGGAAUGACAAAGACAAGAUCCAAGUUGACAAGAAUCCUACUGACACACUGAACCGCUUCCUGGAGUGGCGGACCCGCGAGUUGCUACCCCGUUUGCGCCAUGAUAAUGCCCAGCUCAUCAUGGGAGGCUCUUUUGAUGGCACUACAGUGGGAAUGGCAUCCCAGUCCUCCAUGUGUUCCAAGGACCGUUCUGGUGGUGUCAAUGUGGACCAUCUGGUGAGCGUGCUGGGUGUGGCAUCCACUGUGGCUCAUGAACUUGGGCACAACUUGGGCAUGAACCAUGACACAGAGGAGCGCAACUGUCAGUGUCAGAAUGAGCCAAGACUGGGUGGCUGCAUCAUGAAGCCAUCCACUGGGUUUAUGCCAGGCCAGCUUUUCAGCAGCUGCAGCGCUCAGGACUUGUCAGUCAGUCUGCUCCAUGGGGCUGGCAUGUGUCUUUUCAAUGUGCCCCAACCUGAGAAGCUCCUCGGGGGGCCACGCUGCGGAAACCUCUAUGUGGAGAAGGGAGAGGAAUGCGACUGUGGCCUGGCAGAUGAGUGUAAUGAUCCUUGCUGCAACUAUUCUACCUGUAAACUGGUUCCUGGGGCGCAGUGUUCCUCUGAUGGCAUCUGCUGUGAGAACUGUAAGCUGCGUGGAGCAGGCUGGAUGUGCCGGGAGGCCCUAGGGGAGUGUGACCUUCCAGAGUACUGCACUGGCACCUCCCCCUACUGCCCUCCCAAUGUUUUUCUGCAGAGUGGAGAGCCUUGCAAGGAUGGUACAUCUUAUUGCUUUGGUGGCAUCUGUGCCAGCCUUGACUCGCAGUGCCAGACCCUGUGGGGAUCCAACUCUACCCAAGCUCCUGAAGUCUGUUUCUCCUCUGUCAACAAACAAGGCAACAAAUUUGGAAACUGUGGCCAACUGCCCAACGGCACCUUCAUCCCCUGUCCGGCUUCUGAUGUGUAUUGUGGAAAGAUCCAGUGCCUGGGGGGUAACAGCCGGCCUUUGCUAGGCUCCAACGCUGAGAUCCUGACUACCACGGUUCGCUUGAGCCAAACAGCCACUGUCUGCCAUGGGACCAGUUUCAACCUGAGUGACGAUGUGUCAGACCCUGCCAUGGUUGCAGAAGGGACACCUUGUGGGCCUGGCAAGGUGUGCAUGGCUCAGCGGUGCAGGGAUGUGUCUGUCCUGGGGGUGGAGGACUGCAACAGAAAGUGCAGCAGCCAUGGGGUGUGCAACAGCAACAAGAACUGCCACUGUGAAGUGGGCUGGGCGCCCCCAGAAUGCAAAUAUGCAGGUCACGGAGGCAGUGUGGACAGCGGGCCGGCCCAGGAGCCCAGAGUGUCUGACCCAACCCGCGUGGCCCUGCUGGUCAUCUUCCUCUUCGUUCUGCCUGUGAUGCUGCUCUUCAUGGCCCUCCGUCUCCAAUACUGCCGCCGUUGGCUGUUAUGCCUUGGCAGUAGUUCUUUCUUCAAAAGCCCAGGUCGCCAGCAGAGCCGGACCCCUGCCACUGAUCGAACUGACACGAGGAAUGGCGAGCAGGUUCAGCCCCUGCGCUACCACUGGCCCAAACAAGUGGAUAUCCCGCUGACUCCGGCAUCCAACAAGGUUCAUGACAAGCCUCCCCCUCCUAAUAAGCCCCUCCCACCUGAUCCAGUGAUAAAACACACACAGUCGGCAGGGGAACGGCCGCCCCCUCCGAACAAGCCUCUGCCCCCUGACCCUAUUCCAAAAGUCAGCAAGCUGGCGGUGGACCGCCCUGCACCUCCGAACAAGCCUCUUCCCCCUGACCCUGUCCUCACAGACAGCCAGACCCAUGGGCCUACAAAACCUCUUCCUCCUAAGAAACCCUUAAUUCCUGAAGCUCAAAUGCGGCCUGCUUGCGGAGUUACCUCAGCACGUCCCACCUCAACUGCCCCCCUUCAUCAUCCAGCCACUUCAUCUUCAGUUUCCGGCUAUGGUCCACAUGUCGCUGUGAUCCCAGCCAGGCGAGCUCCGCUUCCUCCAACACGGACAUCACAGCCUGGAAGAUCCCACUCUCCUCCCCCUGUUUAAUGGCUGCGUAAUCAGGGCAUGCUGGGAUUUUUAUCACCUGGGUCUAUUAAUCGGUGUUUGCACGGAUUCUGUAAGGUGGCUCUACAGAGAGGGCCACUGGGGAACUGUCCACUUUGCACCCUUGUCUGGUAUCUUCCUUGCUGACUUAAAGAAUCCCCAUCUAGCCUUCAUGUCAUUGCAAAUCUAAUUAUUUAAGGCCUGGUGCAGCUAUAAAUGCAUUCAGCAAUGCAAAACCUGCUACAGCACUAAUGGGGUAACAUGUGGCGCUGCUCCUCUGAGAUGAUAAUACUGGACACACGGAGUAACGCCAUGCUCUAAAAGCAAUGGCGCAGCAGUGGCAACAGGAGCAGUCGCCACAUUUAGUUUCUGCACUGUGGAGAGAUUCCAGAAACUGCCACUACCCUGCAUUUUUGGGAGUAAGGAGGGGAUGUAUGACAGUCCAGAACACAGAGAAUGCACAAAGUGGCAACACAGCACAUACUACUUGUGCAGACAACUCUGUGUGAAAGUGACAUGAAGCAGUACUGUCCAUGUUUGAAGGUAACAGCUAGCCAUGAUGGCUGCUGUUCCAGCAGUGGCUGCAUGUGCUUCCACUGAAAUUCCACCCCUGUGGUCCUCAGGAUCUUGAUGCCUCUCAGAUGCCUCAGUUUGUUGUUUGUUUCAAAGGAAGUGAAGCCAAAGAACGAAGACCGCACUUCCUUUUUCAUCAAGACGCAUUAGAGGAAGUCAAGAGCUGACCAUGUCUGAUCAGUAGCUCUAACCAGUUUGGACUGGCCUGGGAAGAGUAAAUUAGGUUCUUUCUAGUACAACCUUGAAGUUUUAAGAGGAUCAUACAAAUUAGUUGUGUACUUUCUGUAAAUUUGCAGAGCAGAAAUUAAUUUAAAUGAAACCCUCUGUGUCAGAGGGUCAUGGAAACAGAACUAAAUGGAAGUU